GCCAAGCGGACGCCCCCGGGGCCGCGCUGCCGCCCUCCGCUCUCCCCCCUAUCAUGCCCGGGGCCCGGGCCGGGGCCGCCCAAGCAGCCAGGACACCAUGCCCGAGGGCGGCGGCGGCGACGGCGGGGAGGUGCCCGCGCUCAUCUCGGACGGCGAGCCGCUGCGGGAGGAGCAGCGACCCCUGAAGCAGUCCCUGGGAAGCUCCCUGUGCCGCGAGUCGCACUGGAAGUGCCUGCUCCUCACCUUGCUCAUCCACGCCUGCGGCGCCGUGGUGGCCUGGUGUCGCCUGGCCACAGUGCCGCGCCUGGUCCUGGGCCCCGAGGCUGCCCUGGCCCGCGGCGCCGGCGGCCCGCCGCCCACCUACCCGGCCAGCCCCUGCUCCGAUGGCUACCUGUACAUCCCGCUGGCCUUCGUCUCCCUCCUCUACCUCCUCUACCUGGCCGAGUGCUGGCACUGUCACGUGCGCUCGUGCCAGGCGCCGCGCACCGACGCCGGCACGGUGCUGGCGCUGAUCCACCGGCUGCAGCAGGCCCCGCCGUGCGUCUGGUGGAAGGCCACGAGCUACCACUACGUGCGCCGCACGCGCCAGAUCACGCGCUACCGCAACGGCGACGCCUACACCACCACGCAGGUGUACCACGAGCGGGCCGACAGCCGCACGGCGCGGGGCGAGUUUGACUAUUCGGCCCACGGCGUGCGCGACGUCUCCAAGGAGCUGGUGGGCCUGGCCGAGCACGCGGCCACGCGGCUGCGCUUCACCAAGUGCUUCAGCUUCGGCAGCGCCGAGGCCGAGGCCUCGUACCUCACCCAGCGCGCGCGCUUCUUCAGCGCCAACGAGGGCCUGGACGACUACCUGGAGGCCCGCGAGGGCUUGCACCUGAAAGACGUGGACUUCCGCGAGUCGCUCAUGGUCUUCGCCGACCCGCGCAGCCCGCCCUGGUACGCGCGCGCCUGGGUCUUCUGGCUCGUGUCGGCCGCCACGCUGUCCUGGCCGCUGCGCGUGGUGGCCGCCUACGGCACGGCGCACGUGCACUACCAGGUGGAGAAGCUGUUCGGUGCCAGCUCGCCGCCGCCCGGCGCCGCGCCCAGCGGGCCGCCGCUUGCCCGGGUGGCCACGGUGGACUUCACCGAACUCGAGUGGCACAUCUGCUCCAACCGGCAGCUGGUGCCCAGCUACUCGGAGGCCGUGGUCAUGGGCGCCGGCUCGGGCGCCUACCUCCGCGGCUGCCAGCGCUGCCGGCGCUCGGUCAGCAGCAGCUCGCUGCCCCCGGCCCGGCCCAGCGGGCCCCGCCUGCCCUUCAGCCGCAGCCGCCUCUCGCUGGGGGCCGGGGGCCGCGCCACGCCGGGGGUCUUCCGCAGCCUGAGCGGGGGGCCGCUGGGGCGCCGUGGAGAGGACACGGAGCCCCUGGAGAGCCCGCCGAGCUACGAGGACGCCCUGUACUUCCCGGUGCUCAUCGUCCACGGGGACAGCGGCUGCCGGGGGGGAUGGGCAGGGGCCGCUCUGAGCCCCCACCCCUGCCGGAGCAGCCCCCGCCCCGCCAGCCCACGGGGCGGGGGACGGCUCGGAUGCCUGAGCAAGUGUCCACAACAGGAGGGCGAGCUGACCGGCCACCGCCGGGGGUGAGGGUGGGGGGGGGGCAGGGACCCCUGGGCCCUCUGCGGGCAGUGGACGCGGCCUAGGUUGAGACAAGCGACCCCAGCACGGCUCCCUUCCAUCACCACCACCACCUGGCACUCCCUGCGACAGCAGACCAUCGGGCUGGGGCGGGGAGGGGCUCCCACACUGGGCAGGGGUGGAAGCUUCUAGAAAGGGCGGGGGCGGAGUCCUGGGGACAGCUGCUGCCGGCUGCAGACCCGCAGCUGGUGGGCUCUUCCCUGCCGGGGCCGAGGCCACAGCAGGAGCCCGGGAGCAACCCAGAAGCACAAAGUGGUGGUUUGGGGCCACGCCCUGCCGGGCUGGCCUUUCGGAAGCUGGAGAACUGGUGAUAGGGCCUGCAGCCUGGGCCCCGCCGCCUGCCCGCAGCUCCCAGGCACCUCCCCUGCUGGGCCCCUCCCUGCCAGCCCCCUCGCCUCUGCCCUGGGCCCUGGGCCGACCCCGAGGUGCAGCCCCCUCCCCCGGGAGCCUGGGUUCCGGAGCACAGCCUUGCCGCCGCCCACGCCGAGCUCCCGGCGCUCGCGGCACCCUCCUCCCUGUCCAGCUGCCCCUGUACCUGGGCCCUGCCGCAGCCCCAUGCUCCCCGGGGCCCCGCUCCCCAGCCCACGCCUCCCCGUCCCGGCCCUGGCCUUGUCCUCUCAUUGCUCCCCGGACUUCUCUGCUCUCCGCCUCCCUGAUGACCGCGGGGCAUCCGAGGGGCGCUGGCCUUGGCCGCAGCCUCUUGGACGAUGCCCUUGCUCCUCCCAUCAGUGGGACCUGGCCCUCCCCCGGGGAGGUGAGAGGGGUCCCUCCCCUUCCUACGGGGGCUUCCACGCCCUCCCAGGGGCCGGCUGGGAGCAAAGAAGCUGCAGACUAAAUAAAGGUGUGAA